AUGGGAAAAGCCUGGACCAUGCUUGCCCAACUUCAUUCACUGGCUGGGCCAGUGGUGACGUUGCUUUACCCCUUAUAUGCAUCAGUGAUAGCCAUAGAGAGCACAACUAAGAUAGAUGAUGAGCAGUGGCUUGCUUAUUGGAUCAUCUACUCUUUCCUCACUCUCUUGGAGAUGGUAAUCCAACCAGCUCUAGAGUGGUUACCAAUUUGGUAUGACGUGAAGCUUGUGUUUGUGGCAUGGUUGGUUCUUCCACAAUUCCAAGGGGCAGCUUUCUUGUAUGAGAAAUAUGUGAGACAGCAGCUGAGGAGGUAUAGAGAUGGGAGAGAUCAUCCUCAAUCCUCCAACAAGUCCCCCACUGGGAAAGGAAAGAACAAGUUUGUGCAGUUCAUGACCCCCAAGAAUCAGGGGGAGCAGGAGGCUUAUUGA